AUGAAACUAGUCACUUUACUCGUAAUACUGCAAAUUGGACUCAUCCUAGCCAAAUCAAUAGACCACAAACAUUGCAAAGAUUCGUCUGAAAACGACAGACUGAAAAGAAGUAAUGAAAAAGAAUUCACUUCAUCAGAAAUUGGAAAUACAGAUUCACAUAAUAUAGAAAAUGCUGAAAUUGAUCAUUCAAAUGACAAUUAUGAAGGUAUAGACAGAAAAGAGUCUACAACAGAAAGUAAAUUUCAAAAUAAUCAAAAUCUUCAAAUACUUUAUGUACCAAAUACUGUUGAAGAACAUGCAAUAAUUAAAGAUUUGACAGCUAGAAAUAGUGAAGCAGACUCUACCGUUAUAUACAAGCCAGUAGAUCCAAAAUAUAUUUUGACUUAUGGACCGUAUUUGAUCAAAAAUGGCAGCGAUAAUGGAACGGUUAAUACUGACGUUGAAAAAGAUUCAGAAAUUGAUAUAAAAGAGACUGUAUCACCAAGUAAUGAUUUAGAUUUAGUCAUUCCAAACGUGGAAAGUCGCAAUGCUGAUCCAAACGUAGCUGAAGAUGAUGACGAUACCGUCGAAGAAGGUAUUGAUAGAAGAAGUGCAGAUUUGACCAACAUAAGAGACUUAAGAGUGAAAUUACUUGAUCAUUUAUUAGACUAUUUCUUAAAUAUUAUGAGAAAUGGUGAUCAAAGUCAUGGCAGUACUAGAAAAAAAGGCGAAGAUGUUAUAAAUAUUGAGGAGAAAUUGCGCAAUUAUUACGAUACUCAGCAUAUUGAUUUGUUAGCUGGUGAUGACGAUGACAUUGAUAGUGAUGAAACUGAUCAUAUAAGUGGUGAAACUCUUAGGAGAAAUGAUGAUGAAUCUGGACAAGAUGAACAAAAGGAUGCCUUUACUACAGAACAUACUUUAAGGGUCAAAUCUUUGGAAGUCGAUAUAAAUAAGAAAGCAGAAGAUAUUACAGCAGUUGAUAAUUUAGAAAAUAUACAUGCCACACCACCUUUAGGUAACCAAUCUAACGCAGAUAACAAUUCAACAGAAUCCAUAGAAGUUCACAUAGAAUCAAAAUCAGCUGCCGAUUCAAAAUACGUCGAUUUAAUUCAAAAAGAAGAUACUUAUAAUCUCAUGUUGAAUUCAGGUGAAAACACGACGGGUAAAAAUUUGAAUUCAAUUCAGACAUUAAUUGAACGGAAAAACGAUGAAGAUAGAAAAGUAAUAUUAGACGAAUAUUUUAAUGAAAAAUAUAUUGAAUCUGAAGAAAUUCCAAAUUAUGAUUUCAUUUUCAAAUAUCCAAUUAUGUUUACGACUGAGAAAAGUAGUAUAAAAUCUAAUAAAGUAUUUGGAAAAGAUGUUAUAAAACAUACAAUGAAGAAAGAUAUCAUUAAAACUGACACUGACUAUUGUGACAUUUCUGAUAAUGUGCCAACUGAAGAUGUACCCCAAAUCCCAGAUAUAGAAAUGCCAAAAGAAUUAGAUGAUGAGGAAUUAAAACCUAAAACAACAACAGAAAAACCUGAAGAUGUAACUUUAUGCCCAGUUAUUGAAACAACGAAGGAAGAUGACAAUAAAAAAAAUGACAGUAGUAUAAAAGUAAAUGUACUUGAAACAGAUAAAGAUGUUUUAAAUCAUACAAUGCAGGAAGAUGACAUUAAAAACGACACUGAAUAUUGUGACAGUUCAGAAAAUGUGUCAACUGAAGAUGAAUCUAAAAGCCCAGAUAUUGAAAUAUCAAAAGAAUUAGAUGAUGGUGAAUUAACACCGAAACCAAAAUUUGAAAAGUCAGUUAUAAUAAAUAAUAAUAUUAAUGUGAAAAUACCUUGUUGUGAUAACAAUUAUGAAGAUAAAUCAAAGGAAAAUGAACUAAACAAAGAAAUAGUUGAGAAACCUAGAGAUGAUUGGUUAAAUAAGAGAUCGGAGGCAUCAGAAAUAAAAAUAUCUUUUGGCAAAAAAAACUCCGACAACCAUACAAUAGCUUUUAAAACUAGAGACAUUGCAGAAAAAGAAUAUAGAAAACAUAUACAAUACCAUCCUCCUACGGCUAUUCUAGAAGAACCUCUAACUACACCAAAAACCCGAAAAGAUACUUUUAAUUUUCAAAAAGCUGAAGACGAAUCGGUAUCGCGAGAUAUCGAGCAAACUGUUAACAGAAAUGCACAAUCGGAUGAAAAAACAGUUGAAGUAACAUUACCAAAAGAAGUUAAUGACAACCGUAAAGAUUUUGAGAAAGAAAAAACUGACUAUCCCGUUAUUCAUGAAGAUUAUGACAAUAUUAAACCUUACGGACAAUCAGAUUCAACAAAUGAAGAAAAUAGUGAUCAUUCUAUAUCUGAGGACAAUGAAUUAUACAAGCUUAAAAUCCAAGAUGAAGAAUUAAUUACUACUACAGUAAUAACAACAGAAAAAUCUAAAAAAAUACGAGUAUCAAGAAUAGAGGGGCCAUUUGAGAAAAUUGGUAGGAAUAAACACUAUUUUUACAAGUUAAAACCGAAAAGUAACAAGAAACACGGUACUAACGCUCUUAGAAUGAAAAUUCAGCACCCUAAACGUUUAGGACAUUCUUCUAAACACUUACACAAGAAAAAUUGGUUACAUAAACAUGGAAAAAGCGAUUUGAAAUCGAAAAAAACUGUAAAAAUCAAAAAAGGUAAAUUGUCAAACGGAAAAGUUGAUUUUGGAAAAGGAGUUAGCAAUAUCGUACGUCAAGGUGCAAAUCUAGACUCGGAAGAGAUAAGUUCAUCAAAAGAUGAGUCAAAAAUACAAGAGAAAGUUACUCUAGAUUCUAACGAAGCUUUAUUAAAACAAAAUGACUUGCAAGACAAAGCUAGGGACGCUGCCACUGAAAAUGUUCGCGACACCAGCUUCACAAAAAAACUGCGAAAAAUGCAUAAAAAAACUACAGCUAAGGAUGUAACCACAGAAAAUUCAGCUAUCGAUAAUUUAAAAAAGAUCUUACAAGACCCCCUCAAAUCAAAUGAAAUCGAUUUAAACGCUACUCUAGAUAGGUUUGCGUCUUCGAAACUCUUCGAUAUUUUCACCGAGAGAUUAGCUAAUCAGAUGCUCCUGAAAAUGCAGAGAAGGUUAGGCGACAGUAAUGUGAAAAAUCUAGCGAGGCGAACGGAAAUAGAGCCGGAUACAGUUGAACGGAUUGAAAUAUCGAUAACAAAUGAUGGGGAUAUGGUGAUUAACCAAGAUUUGAAAAAGGAUGGGACAAAUGAGUCUAUGCUAUACGUGAAUCCGAAUUUAAGAAGUACGGCGCAACCUUUGCGUUUGAAAAUGCAAAAUUAUCGUUACUAA